CCCUUUCCGUUACGUAUUAUUGUUUAUAGAAGUGUCUUGUCACUGGCAACUUGUGUCCUCCAGCCAGUGGAUGACCGUUCUGCUCCCUUAACUUUAUUUGUGUUGUAUGUUUGUUUUAUCGGUGAACGAUUAUUCCCCCCCAAAAAAAAAUUAAAACAGAAAUGGAGCAGUACGCCCAAACCGUAAAGGACUUCGUGGAGGCACACGCCGUCGGUUUCACCGUUGCCUUUGUUGCAGGAGGUAGCCUGCUGGCCUUGCGCAGGUGGAUGGCUGGGGGAGUGUGUCGGAGCAAGGCCCGACUGGAUGGAAAAACUGUUCUCAUCACAGGAGCCAACACCGGCAUUGGGAAGGAGACGGCCCUGGAUUUGGCAAAACGAGGGGCCAGAGUGAUCUUGGCCUGCAGAGACAUGACCAAAGCCUACCUGGCAGCUGAUUACAUCCGUCACACAAGCGGAAAUAGCAACGUUGUGGUAAAAAAGUUGGACCUCGCCUCCCUAAGGUCGGUCCGAGACUUGGUCAAAGACAUCCAGCUGACCGAGGAACGUUUGGACAUCCUCAUCAACAAUGCAGGUAUUAUGAUGUGUCCCAAGUGGAAGACCGACGAUGGCUAUGAGAUGCAAUUUGGCAUCAACCACCUGGGACAUUUCCUCCUCACCAACCUUCUUGCCGAAAUGCUGAAAAAGUCUGCUCCCAGUCGAGUCGUCAUUGUCUCCAGCAGUGCGCACGAAAAAGGUCACAUCCAUUUCGAAGACAUCAACCUGGACCAAGACUACCAAUGUGACGUGAGCUACCGCCAAAGCAAGCUGGCCAAUGUGCUCUUCUGCAGAGAGCUGGCCUCCAGACUGCAAGGCACAGGGGUGAUGACGUACAGCCUCCACCCUGGCGUCGUCCGCACGGAGUUAGGCCGCUACAUGUUCCCUCCUAUGCCCCUGUGGAAGAAGAUUCUGGCCAUGCCCUUUCUGAUGAUGAUCAAAAGUCCCUGGGAAGGAGCUCAGACCAGUAUCUACUGCGCUGUGGACGAGAGUCUGGCCAAUGCCACCGGACUUUACAACAGCGACUGUGCUGUAAAGACUCCUGCUCCAGCAGCAUUGGAUGAUGCCGUAGCCAAACGACUGUGGGUGCUCAGUGCCUCCAUGGUUAGCCUGGUCUGAAAUCAGCAGCCUGCAUUCAUACUGCAGCAACUACCAGGCACUAACUUGGAAGAUAUGGUGCUAAAUGAUGUGGCCUUUAUUUAUUUAUUUUUCCCCCUAAUUUUUUUUUUUUCAUCCUUAACUGACCAAUUUGCACCAAAAAUGCACCAUAGAAAAAUUAAGUUGGUGUAAAAAUAGCUGUAAAACUGCAUAAAAAGAUGGAGGAAAAAUAAACCUUAAAAAUCACAUAUAUAUUAUAAUAAGUAGUGAAUAUUAGGCUGUCUUAGAGUAAAGAUGUUCAUAGUCAAAUCUGAUUAGUCAGAACAUUGUGGACAAUCAGAGUUUUUAAUUUAAGAGAAAUAAACAGAUGGUGAUGUGUUGCAGCAUAUAUUGACUGGUCACAAGUGGUCAGUAACGUUACAUGGAUGUCCUUUAAGACUUACAUACUUAAAUAUUCCAACGUUAAUUAAAAGGUACUUAUUUAAGGAAUACAAUUUCACAUUAAAGUGAACAAAACAAGAAUCUAAUUUGCGACUUUUUGCACCUAAAAAAAAAAAAGGCUACACGGCCUGCUCUGGGGCACAGCGCCAAAAGGACAUCAAACUUGACUAAAUAGAGUAAGUGGAAGUUGUAACAAAGUUUCCGUAUGUGGACCUGUGGAAGGAUCAUUACUUUUUUCAAGGGGAGAGCUACACAUCCGGGGUUAGGCAGUGCAUUUCGACGCCCGCGCCGUGUCCAGUUUCCGGUGUGUUUAAACGGUAAAUGGGUUGUACUUGUAUAGCGCUUUUCUACCUUAUUUUAAGGAACUCAAAGGGCUUUGACACUAUUUCCACAUUCACUUAUUCACACACACACACAUUCACACACCGAUGGCAGGACCCAUCAGGAGCAAGGGUGAAGUGUCUUGCUCAAGGAUUGAUUGAUUGAUACUUUUAUUAGUAGAUUGCACAGUUCAGUACAUAUUCCGUACAAUUGAUCACUAAAUGGUAACACCCGAAUAAGUUUUUCAACUUGUUUAAGUCGGGUUCCACGUUAAUCAAUUCAUGGUAAGGACACAACGGACGUGACUAGGAUGGUAGAAGGUGGGGAUUGAACUGGUAACCUUCAGAUUGCUGGCACGGCCACUCUCCCAACUUCGCCACGCCGUCCCCAUAUAACGGGUAUAUGAUUAGAUACGGCCAGCCAGAGGCACGAAGCGGCACAGCGAGACCUGUAUGUGACAGCGCAGUGUCCCAAUCAGCCUCAAAUCCUAUCCACCAUAUGCAGACAAAAACAUUUUACGUCAUAAGAUGCGGGAGUCCAAUACAGGCCAACUGAUUAUAGAGACAUGACGUCACACCCGGAAGGCUAUGGUGACAGCUGAAACUUAAGUUGUCUCUUACUCCCCAAAAAACUAUUUGUUUGCACCCAAGAAAAUUGUUUUAAUAUUGAAAGGCGAACUUUUUGAGGGGUAAUUUUGCCUAUAAUGUCACCUGCUAUAUGCGGAGAUCCUUAGCAGCGAGACUCGUCCAAAUGAAAUUGACUUUGACUAUUUGAAGACAGCCUGAGUGUAUAUGGUAAUAUUACAAAAAUAAAUCACAUAAAAAGUCUUGAUUUUACUGCACGCCAAAUAUUUUUACAAUAUCAUAUAAAAGGUCAUUUAUAUUUUACAGGGAGAAAAAAACUUUAAUAAAGUUGUAAUUAUUUUACGAUAUCCCAUUAAUAUUAUAUUAUUCCCUUAAUAGAAUGAUUUUUUUGUCAUAGUUCUCUGUGUGGCUCUAAAACUUAUUCAUAGUACUAAUUAAGUUUUGAAGCAAACUGCACUUCUCGCCUGAUAUGGUUUGCCUAGUUUCCAUAUCUUAAUGUAUUUAUUGCUGUGAUAUUGUAUUUUUAUUUGAAGGGAGUUGUCUCAGCUGCUGCACUCUUGUGUUACAAAAUGCAUGCCAUACUCUGCCUGUUAAUAUAAAAAGGUCAACAUGAUGCAUCAACAGAAAUAUUAGAAAAUUAAGGCCAGACCACAUGUAUUUAUUUGGAAGAAAGUUACCAUAAGAAUGGUUGUAUUGUAUAGCUGUGAUUUGUGUGUUGCAUCCGACAGCAUUGAUAAAGACAACUUCUUAUAAUACAAUUUUAUACUCAAGGAUAGGUCAGUUGCAAUUUAAAUUAAUAAAAAUUAGGCUGUUUUACACCAGUUAGGAAGAUAGAAAGAUGAAGUGCUAUUUACUUUUACAAGGCUAAAAGUGCCUUUGUUAAAUGGCAAAACACUUUAAAGAAAUGGUAAGAAAAAACACCCUCAUCUGUUGAAAUGGGGUGUCAAAGGUUUUUAUGAUCCAGCACAGAUGCUGUUCUGGAGAUUUAAGUGUUGAAAGUUAAAAAUAAAAAAAAAGUAUGUCUUAUGUUAAA